AUGGUGAAGCACAGGGUGGAGGUGCAGAACACGGGCGCCAGCGCGGGCCAGGCCGGAUGUCACAUCCCCGGCUUCCAAGACCUGACCCUGCUGGAUGGCGAGCAGGAGGAGGAGUCGCCCGAGGCGUUGCCCGCAGGGGAGCCCGCAGAACCCAGCAGCUUCCCCGACCGCGUCUAUGUCCUCGCCGCCGCCAUCUUCCAGAACGCUCACGUGGAGAAGCCCGCCGCCCACAGGCUGAUCAGCUAUGGGAAGAGAACCGACGAGCCCCUGCCCGAAGCCAGGGAAGAGGCCACGCAGCGGGCCGCUUAUGAGCUAACCUUCAACGCCCUUAAAUACCAGGAUCUUCUGGAAGACAUCAUGGUUGACAGCUGUUUUUAUGUCUCUCAGUCACUGCCCGAGGAUCUGAUGAGCCUGGCGGUGGUCAUGCUGUACGACUUCAUGGACAGGAAGUUUCUGCCGCGAGAGCGACCCGACGGCGAGGAAGAGGAGGACCUGAAGGACGUCAGGGAGGUGGAGAGCUGUCUGCUCAGAUUCAAGACCAAACUGGCGGCCUCUUUGGCGCGCUGCCGAAUUAAGCACGACCUCCUCACGAUAGACAACAUCCUGCCGGCCUGCGUGCGCAAGAACAAGGAGAGAGCCGACAGCCUGUUCCUGUACGCCUGGGUCAACACGCUGAAGAACAGCCUUCAGGAUGUGUGCACUGCCCUGAAGAGAGAGGGAUUCUCGCAGGUGAAUUCAAUCAGGCAGCUGGAGGGAUUAGCCUUCUGUCAGGACCCGCACUGCCGCGAUUUGUUGGCCUUCCCUCCCCGCCUCAAAGCCGACCUCGGCAGGACGGGCCUGCUGAGGGAGCACGGGCUCGUUAUUCAGGACAAGUCUCGUAGCCUGGCCCCAAACUCAGUGCGCCCUCUACUGGCCCAGGACAGCGAUGUGCUCAUGGCCGGCUCCUUCUCGGGUCUCACCAUCGCCCACAUGGCUGCCCUCACGGCCCCCACCUCAGGGAGCGUCCUCGUCUGUGGAGACGACUGGUCCCCCGCCCAGAGGGAGGAGCUUCAUGCGGUCUUAUCGAGCAUGGGGUGUAAAAAUGUGAAGCUGCUUGCUGAGAGCUUCCUGGAGAUGGACGAGUGGGACGCCCACAUGCAGAAAGUCCGGGUGGUCCUGCUGAUGCCCCAGUGCUCCGCCUCCGCUCUCAGCAACCCUGUGGAGUACAUCCUCAGCGAGAACGGAAAUGCUGACCUGCUGCGGGACCUGUCCCAGGGUUCGAUAACGCCGGCUAAACUGGACGAGCUGGUGGCCAGCCAGACAAGGGACCUCACACAUGCUCUGAAGUUCCCGAAGGUGCAGGCGGUGGUGUACUGCACGUGCUCCAUCUACCGCGAGGAGAACGAGGACGUGGUGCUGAGGGCGCUGGAGAGAGGGGUGGAGGGACCCAAGCAACAGCCAUACAGACUGAGCGUCCCGCCGCUGGCCUCAGGCGCGGUGCCCGAGGAGGGGAGCGCCAAGGAGAGGUUCUUCAAGAUGGAGCCGUCCGAGCAGAGCGAUGGCUGCUUCCUGGCUGUGCUGACCAGGGAGCCCAACCCUGCAGAGGCGGAGACGGUCCAGAACAUCCUGGCAAGGGCAGCCGCUAAGGGUCUACUGGAUGGCAUCGGUCCGAGCCGCCCGCCGAAGAAGGAAAGACGCCGGCGAAAGAAACAGACCACGCCCUCUCGACCCGCUGUACGCUCCCACGCGUCCUCCGGAAACCAGCUGCAGUCCCAAAUCGAGGAGUUCCUGAGCCGGGAGGGCAAGCUGGUCAGCUCGGAGCCCACCGUGGCCCCGCAGCAGUCUGGGGGGGCCGCCAAGACACACAGCCCCCGCAGACGGCCCCUCGCCAAGGCCACCACCGCAAACGCUAACACCAGCCCCUCCCGCAAAAACGCUGGCAAGGUUACCAACACCACCAGGAAGCCUGCUUAUCGGCGACCGGCCGCACCCAACCAGCCUGUUGCUAAAACUGGCCUGGCGGGCCCAGCUAACCCGCCUGUCCCCCCAGCCCCGCCCGGGUCCCGGCAGGAAGUGCUGAGGUCCAUGGAGUCUAGACAGGAAGUGCUGAGGCCAGCGGAGUCCAGACAGGAAGUUCUGAGACCCAUGGAGGCCAGACAGGAAGUUCUGAGGCUCGUGGAGGCCAGACAGGAAGUUCUGAGGCCCGUGGAGCUGGUCCUGCCCCCUGUCAGCUUCCCCAGCUCCAGCUCCCUGGGCAGUGGUAAGACAGGAAGCCCCCUGCCCCUACAGGCUCCCAGCCUUUUCUACCCCGGCUUCCGUGGCAGCUCCCAGGCCUCGCUGUCCCGCUCCAGCAUCGGCAGCAGCGGCAGCAGGGACAGGGCGUCGGCCGUGUGGCACCCGCGGCCCUGGAUGUGA